ACAACCGCCGGCGCGCCAUAUUCAACAUUUUUUUGAUUCAGUGCGGCUUUAGCCGGAGGAUUAAAUAUUAGUCUUUUGUUUUAUUUAAUUGUCUUUUACUUUCUUUUAAUUGUCGCAUUAAUUAAAAAAUGGACUGCGUGGACUUUCCCAGAGUUCUUCCCAAUUCACCGAGGAAAGCCCGGGGACAGAUUCAGGUCAUCUUUGGACCGAUGUUUUCAGGCAAGAGCACUGAACUGAUGCGGAGAGUGCGCCGUUUCCAAAUAGCCCAGUACAACUGCUUGGUGAUCAAAUACGCCAAGGACACACGUUAUUCUGAGAAAGGCAUGGCCACACAUGACAAAAACACGAUGGAGGCUGUUCCAGCCAACUGCCUGACAGAUGUGCGGUCUUUGGCGUUGCAAGCCUGUGUCAUUGGAAUUGACGAAGGACAGUUUUUUCCAGACACAGUAGAGUUUUGUGAGGAGAUGGCCAAUUUAGGCAAGACGGUCAUUGUAGCUGCCUUGGAUGGAACCUUCCAGAGAAAGCCAUUUGGAAACAUCCUGAACCUCGUCCCUCUAGCGGAGAGCGUGGUGAAGCUCCACGCCGUCUGCAUGCAGUGUUACAAAGAAGCUGCCUACACAAAGAGGAUAGGAGCAGAGAAGGAGGUGGAAGUUAUCGGUGGAGCGGACAAGUAUCAGGCGGUGUGUAGAAAGUGUUAUGGAGAUCUGAUGGUGAACAAAGAGAACAGUGCUCCUUUCAGGAAUGAAACGCCACAACAGACCCUCGUAGGAAAACACAUGGACUCUGGGAUUCCCAGGAAGCUUUUCUCCUCUCUCCAACUCUGAACACAUCAAUAAGACUUAUGGCAGAUGUUGAGUAGAGAUCCAGAAAUCUUAUGUUUUGAGAGUUUGUUUGUGUGUUGUUUUUUUUGUACAUUUGGUAUUUGGUGUGGAAUUGGUAUUUUUAGUUGAUAGAUAUGGUGGUGCACUUUGAUAACCCUGUUAUUAUAACCCCUGAUAAUCCAAUUAAUGGGGCACUGCCAUAUGUUUCACUAAAUUAUAAAUCUUCAUUAUCAUGUAAUUUGUAAAUGUAGUUUUAAAUUAUUUUUUAACAAUUGUUUGACAAUAUUCAUUAUCAAAGUUUUACUCAUAUGUACAGCAGGUGAGUAGCAGUGUUGAGUAAAACUUAAAACACUGA